UUCCCUGCUCCUCCACUCUCUCUCCCUCCAUCUCUCUAAGUGCUGGCGGAAUACCGAGCUCAGACAAAGAAAGCUCAGGAGAACAGACGGGAGAAGUGAAAGAGUGUGCUUUGAGGGACAGAAAAAGCAUUUUAAAGAGAAACAGAGAAAGACGGGUGCAGACUUUCAGACCUGCGGUGUGUGAGGAGACAGAGGGAGGGAGAGAGAAAGACAGUGUCGCCAUUUCAAGAGGAAGAUGUUCUAAUGCGUUCAUGAAGACAUCACUUUUGCAUUCCAACACACAGAGCUGCAGAGUAGCUGUCUGACAAAAAAAUGAGUUUUGAGGAACAGCUUUGAGGGACAAACAGCGGACAAUUCUGCCUAAUCGCACCACACAGGAGGCGCUCCUCAGAAAACACACCUGUCCCACCAUCAACCAGUAAAUCUCAGAUGGAGGUGGAUGCGGCCGAGAAGCGUCAUCGAACACGAUCUAAAGGUGUGCGAGGUACAGCGCACUCACAUGUUGCCGUGGAGGCUGCACAAGAGCUGUUCAGCUGUCCCACGCCUGGGUGUGAUGGUAGUGGACAUGUCAGCGGCAAAUAUGCCAGACACAGGAGUGUGUAUGGAUGCCCCUUGGCUAAGAAAAGGAAAACCCAAGAGAAACCUCUGCAGGAGCCAGCUUCCAAACGCCGUCCGUUUCUAACUAUGGCUGAUGGAGAGCCCGCCAUGUAUGAAAGCUAUGAGCCAGAGGCCAUGGAGGAGGGAGAAGAGAGGGAACAGGAAGUAGAGGAAGUGGACGAAGAGGAGGAGGAAGGGGAUGAGGACGGGGAUGAUGAAGAAGAAGAAGAGUGCUCGGAUGACAAUGACGAAGCAGGAGAGGAAGAAGAAGACGAGGUAGAUGGAGAGGUGGAGAGAGGGGAGGGAGAGGAGAUCGAGCAAAUGGAGGAAGAGGUAGAAGAGGAUGAGGAAGUGGUGGAGGAGGAUGGGGAUGAUGAAGAGCAGGAAGACGACGAAGAUGAGGACGAUGAAGAUGAGCACGAGGAAGAGGAAUACUAUGAAAAUCAGAGUCAUCCGCAAGAUGACAACUAUUCCUGUGGUGGACAAUCAAAAUCCAAUCAAACAGUUGAAAAGGACAAUAACAAUAACAACAGCAUGAACAAUGAGGAGUAUGAGAAUUACGACGAGCUGGUGGCCAAGUCCCUCCUCAACCUGGGUAAAAUCGCAGAGGAUGCCGCCUACCAGGCCAUGACCGAGUCCGAGAUGAACAGCAAUUCCUCAAACAGCGCAGGCGAGGAUGACGACGAGGACGAGGAUGAUGGGAGCGAACAAGGAGGCCAAAAGGGAGAGUUGAGCGUCGACUUGGAUAGCGAUGUGGUACGCGAGACCGUGGACUCCCUGAAGCUUCUGGCCCAGGGACAUGGGGCCGUGCUUCCCGACGAGGGAUACGCGGACGGCGGGUCUGGGGAUACUUGCCCAGCCGGCCACGCUAACGGGCGGGGCCACCCGGAAGAGAGCGAGGAGGAAGUGUGCCUCAGCAGCCUGGAGUGUCUACGAAACCAGUGCUUCGACUUGGCCCGCAAACUUAGCGAGACCCAAACGUCCGAGCGGCCCGUGACAGAGCACCAAGGUCACCAGGCCAUGCUGCACCAUGUUGAGCAGCAGCAUCUGCAUCCACAUCAGCCUCCAAUGCAUCACAUGCCCAGGUAUGACAGUUGCCAGAUGGACCAGCACAGACCCCUUGAGAGGAACUACUCAGACAUGGUCAAUCUGAUGAAACUGGAGGAGCAGCUUAGCCCCGCUUCGAGAGGCUACCCAUCUAGCUGCGCUCAGGAAGGGGAUGAGGACACCACAUCAGUGGCUUCCGAACGCUCAGACGAAGCUUUCGACAUGACUAAAGGCAACCUGUCCCUGCUGGAAAAGGCCAUUGCUCUGGAAUCCGAGCGUGCCAAGGUUAUGCGAGACAGAAUGGCAUCGGAACAGAUGGUGGCUCGGAGGGACAAUCAGCGUCUUCAUGGAGAGCACAGCCCAAGGCAGAGCAGCAGUGCAGAAGAACGCAAAGCCCGACUCCAUCACGAUGGUGCAAAAAGAGCAUAUUACCCUAAAGACUCAAGGGGAGAGAAAAAAGAAAGCAAGUGUCCGACUCCGGGUUGUGAUGGCACGGGCCACGUCACGGGGCUGUACCCGCACCAUCGAAGCUUGUCCGGCUGCCCCCACAAAGACCGCGUGCCACCAGAAAUUCUUGCUAUGUAUGAGAAUGUUCUAAAGUGCCCCACGCCUGGCUGCUCGGGACGCGGCCAUGUAAAUAGCAACAGGAACUCCCACCGCAGUCUCUCGGGAUGCCCCAUAGCCGCCGCUGAGAAGAUGGCGAAGGUUCAGGAGAAACAUCUCCCCUGCGAGAGCUCCAAGUCCAACCAGGCAUCAGACCGAGUCUUGAGGCCCAUGUGCUUCGUGAAACAGCUGGAGAUCCCACAGUAUGGGUACAAAAAUAACGUCCCAACUAGCACUCCACGAUCCAACCUGGCCAAGGAGCUGGAGAAGUACUCCAAGGCCAGCUUCGACUACAGCACCAGUUAUGACAACCAACCUCAUGCAUACGGCAAGAGGUCCCUCACUCCAAAGAGCCAUGGGCGGGACACCUCCCCCAAAGGAUAUGAUGCCAAGCGCUACUGUAAGACCUCCAGCCCAGCCAGCAGCACCACGAGCAGCUACGCUCCCAGCAGCAGCAGCAGUCUGAGCUGUGGAGGAGGGGGAGGAGGAGGAGGAGGGGGAGGAGGAGGAAGCAGCGCCAGCAGCACCUGCAGCAAGAGCAGCUUCGACUACACACACGACAUGGAAGCCGCCCACAUGGCUGCCACCGCCAUCCUCAACCUGUCCACGCGCUGCAGAGAGAUGCCCCAGAGCCUCACCGGGAAAGGCCCGGAGCUCCUGGCACAGAGCCCUGAUGACAGAGAUGGGGAUGAAAACGGAACCCUGGAUCUGAGCCGGGCUGGAGGGAUGGGGGAGGGCAGUGGGGGUACAGUGCUGACCCCCCUGCAGCCCAUGUCGCCCCAGCGGCAGGCCUUGCUCAACAGCCACUGCUACCAGAUGAGCACAGCAGAGUGCUGGGACCUGCCUGUGGACUACACCAAGAUUAAACGCCUGGACGAGGACCACAAGGAGGAUGACCUGGACCCCUUUCAGGAUCUAUUAGAAGAGCAGCAGUAUUCAGGAGACGUGUCCCUCCCCAGUCCCAAACACAAAUUUGCUCCCUGCAAGGAGAGCAAGAAGGAGCUCCUCACGCUAUCAAGCUGCCAACUGGCUGACAAGGGCAUGCGUGGUAUGAUGACAUCUAACUCCCAGGAUCUGAAGUGUCCUACUCCUGGCUGUGAUGGCUCUGGGCAUAUCACAGGCAACUAUGCCUCACAUAGAAGUCUGUCAGGUUGUCCCCGGGCAAAGAAGAGUGGUAUUAAAAUAAUGCACAGUAAGGAGGACAAGGAUGACCAGGAGCCAAUCAGGUGUCCUGUGCCAGGCUGUGAUGGCCAGGGUCAUGUGACUGGGAAGUAUGCAUCCCACCGCAGUGCAUCCGGCUGCCCGCUGGCCGCCAAGCGUCAGAAAGACGGUUAUGUGAACGGAGCGCCUUUCUCCUGGAAGUCUGGCAAGACAGACGGCAUGACCUGCCCCACCCCAGGCUGCGAUGGCUCUGGCCACGUCAGUGGCAGCUUCCUCACCCACCGGAGUCUGUCUGGCUGUCCCCGUGCCACAUCUGCUAUGAAGAAAGCGAGGAUGACAGGGGUUGAAAUGCUCACAAUCAAGCAGAGAGCAAGUAAAGGCAUAGAAAAUGAUGAAGAGAUUAAACAACUGGAUGAGGAAAUCAAAGACCUGAACGAAUCAAACAAUCAAGUAGAGUCAGACAUGAUCAAAUUAAGAACUCAAAUCACCACCAUGGAGACUAACCUGAAGUCCAUCGAGGAGGAAAACAAGGUUAUAGAGCAGCAGAAUGACUCGCUACUGCAUGAGCUCGCCAACCUCAGCCAGUCCCUCAUCAACAGUCUCGCUAACAUCCAGCUCCCUCAUAUGAAACCGGUGCCACUGAAAGAGGCCCCUGUUAAAAAUUACUGCUGUUUACAGAUGCCCCACAGAGAGCCGAUGAACGAGCAAAACUUUGACACUUAUGUGAGCACUUUGACAGAUAUGUAUACUCACCAGGACCAGUACCAGAGUCCGGAGAACAAGGCCCUUUUGGAGAACAUAAAGCAAGCGGUUCAAGGCAUCCAAGUGUAGCUUUUGCGAUUGGCUAUUGGCCGAGUCACGGGGUCGUGUGAUGAGAGCGUUAAGAAUCGAUAAGAAACAAAAGAAACCCGUUAUGUAAAAAGUAUGGAUAACUAGUAUGAUUUUUUUGCUGCUGUAAUUUAUUGUAUUAUUUGGCAUUAUUUAUGAUUCCGUUAUGCUUUUGACACAAAAAAAAAUACAUAACUUAUUUGUUGCCUUGCUUUAAGACGACAACUACCAAUGGCAAAUGUUUUGAGGAACAUUCAUGUUUUGUACAUUUUUCAUAUGACCUGACAUAAUGUGAUGUACUGUUUAUAGCUGCUAAUGUAUGCACAUUUUAUAGUGUAUAUGUAUUUAUUAAUUGUAAACAAAAACCAUCCAUUAUUUUAAAUCUAAAGAGGUGCAGAGGGGAUACACUGAGGGAAUGUAAGGGCAAUCAGCUUUGAUCUGAGCUUCUCUUUAUGGGACUAAUGGGAACUAAUGUGCUGUGCAGGCUGUUCAAUGGGUGUACAGUGGUACAUUUUUGUGGUUCGAUUUUGGGUACAUUUUGUAACAAUAUUGAGAAACGUCUUUUGGUUUCGGAAUCAUAUUUAUAGUGGUCAGUGUGGGCACUCUAAUGCAGUAUGUUUAUUGUUUCGCUUGUUUUAGUUUUUUUUUUUCUUCGUUUUAAUUCCCAAAAUAGAUGGAAAAAUAGAAAAAAAAAAUCUUGUGAAAGCAAACAUCAUGACACGGAAACUCACUGGUGUAAAUCCCAAGAAAUAUUUCAUAACUUCUCAAAUAUUUUCAAAGUCUGUUCUCGAAAUGUAACGCCCGGCGGCUUGAGGCCAAUAACUACAGAAAAUUUCAAGGAGACAAUCCAACAUGAAUUAUUAAUUUAAUGAUCGUAAAAUGUUAGUGGUAGUAUGAUAGGAUAUCAGCAAUAUAUGACAACGAAUCAAUCAUUUAUUUAGAUAUGGGAUGCAAAAGUUUGGGUAUAUGCAAUUUCUUAUUCUUACCAUAGUAGUCGAAAGCUGAUGAAUCUUUUUACUAAAUGUAAAGUAUUAAGUUUUAUAUAAAUCUUUUAAUACAGUCAUGUUUUAGGGUUUAAACAUGGGUGAUCAAGUCCAAAAGGAUGAAUGCAUUAUGAUUUAACAUUUCUCAUGUUCGAUUUUGCACAGGGACACCUUUGUUUCCAUGUUUUGGUGUUUUUAUUUGUUUCAGGAGACCAAGGAGGUGCCCAGAUGUUUGAAUUGUGGGAAGUUUGUUUAUUUUCUUUUCUUUGAAGAAAGUAAAUCUGUGUAUGAAUGUUAGUUUACCAGUGUGCUGGAUAUACAGGGUUAAUGUCACCAUCCAUACGUCAUUGUGUCAUAGUAAUGGAGCACUUGUCUUGUAGAUUUUGUCCAAGCAAUCAUGUAGAGAAUCAUCUGGUCACGAGUGCACAACAAAUACAACUAUGUCAGCAAUGCAACUCCAAUCAGUUAUACACAGUAUUAUGAGAGGUCAGCUUGCCUUCUGUGGUUACCUGCGAUUCACUUUCAUUGAUUCUUUUUUUUUUUUUUUUUACAUUCAUGAGAAAUCAGCGGCACUUUAAGCUCUACAAAUAAAGGAAAUUGAAGCAGGAUGCUUUUAAUUUUUGAUAAAUAAACGAUGAAGCGACGGUAGCGUGUGAGGGUUGUUUACUGAAUAUUACUCUAUCAUAUCUUAAGGACAUAUGUACAGUUAUAGUAUGGGAACCCCACGUCCGUCUUCAUUUAGGCAAAGCCCAUUGAAAGCAUCAAGCAAAGCCAGAAAUUGGGAUGAUUUUCAGUGGUGGGUUUUAAAGUUAUUUGUAUUUAUCGAGCAUGAGUCAAAGCUGUCACAGUGAUUUUUAGUGUGAAAUGACUCUGGUUGAUGCUGAACGUCUACGUGGGACAUUGUUUCGGAAAAUCUAUAAUUUUUCUAUUAGCGAGAAGACUAGCAUUGUGUUUUCCGAGAGCUCAUGCAAAAGGUGCUAGUAACUCUUAUUUAUCAUUCUGUAAUAUCCAGGCAUCUCCCCAACCACAGCACAUUUCUCUCUCCGAAAGCUUUGUGUAUGCAGCUAAUUUCCAAGAUAGUAAUGCUUUUAACACACUGAUAUCAAAAUACAAUAUCCUCUCAUCCACUAUCAUAACUGAUUUGACAGGAAUGGGGAUUUUAAGCACAAUUCCGCUGCUCAUUUUCAGUUGGCACAUUGUACUUCAAAAGGUUAUCUGUGACUAUUUAAAUAGAAACUAUCUAUGGUGUCACAUGCUUGAAUGCAGAAUACUUUUCUUAUUAAUAAUUGUGAAAUCAUCAGGUUACAAGUUUCCAUUUCAAAUGGAUUUUAAUUAACCAUUUUAAACCAGGAUUUUUCUAUUAAAAAAUAAAGAAGCAUAGCUUUCUUAAUGUCUCUUGCUCUCUUCCUCUAUCCAGCUCUUUAGCUAUCUUUUUCUCUCUUAUUUUCAUUUUCAACCACAUGGCAUGAUUUCUGUUGGUAUGAUACUUUUUUUGCUCUAAGUGUUUAAGAUCACAAGUUGCAGUGAUAUUUCAUUUUGAAAUUGUGAACUUUGUACAAUUUUUAUCAUGCUGGUGUUGACAUCUCUUACUCAAUAAAAAUUGUGUUGCCACAUUA